AUCUUAGCAGAGAUGCUCACAUGCGGGGUAACUGUCCAUGGUGUGUGGAGGGGUCCUCGGAACCCCCUCUUAGGAUCAUCUCCACAUACUCUCCCAGUUCUGAGAUUCAUUACCAACAGCAGGUUUCCUUCACACUGCCGUGUCAGAGCAGCGCGGGAACUCUCCACUCCGCUGCGAGGGGCCUUCUCCUCCUAGGGAACACUCUGCUAAGCAAAGGGGCUUCUCAUUCAAGGCAGGCCUAAGGGAGGGUCAGAAAGAACUUUAGCUGGAGGUAUUUACCGAUGUGACUUCCAAUCCUUGGGGAUUCUGGGAAAAUGGACAAAGUGCCAAAAGAAGAGAAUUGGCCGGGCCUUCAAAAGAAGAAAACCCAGAGAAUUACAGACAGUGAACUUGCCCCUAAGCCCUCGUUGAGGGGUGUGUUUGAGCAUUUAGGAGAGGACUCCAGUGCUCCUCAGCGACAAACACAGCUGCCUUUGCGGUGUCUGAAGGCCCUGGUCGUGGUGACACUAGAUGGCUGCCCUGGGUGCCUCCUGUGGGUGUAGAGGCAUCACCACUCUGCACUGGCAGACUCAGCAUGGAGUCGGAGCAGAGUCUGACACGAGCACUUGCCAUCCCAGGCAUUUCAGUUCUGACUGAGAAGGGAGCCGCACAGGGGAGGAGAGGGCCCUUUGGAGCUCCGCUCUGCCUCCACCACUCCCUAACCCCGCAGCCUCAGUGCCCUCAUCUGUAAAAUGGGGAGUUUUGCCUACAGAGUUCAGCACAGUGCCAGCCUGACAUGGGAACCCCAGUGGAUUAUCAGUUUUGUCAUUAUUCCCCUGCAUCCUGGAGGUGACACCGCCUGGUUAAUAGGCAACCCCUCCCGAUGGCCCAGCACAGCUGCACAGCAGCAGGAGGCUGGCCUGUGGCCAAGAAUGCACGGUGGAGGAGGGCUAGAGGGGGACUGCAGCUCCUCCUCUUCCUGCUUCCUCCCUGCUCCACCCCCUGCCUAGGGCAGCACAAAAGCAAAUCUCUAGCUAACUCCCUGCCUAGCAAGGCCCAGCCUGGGGCAGAAAUGGCUGCAAGUGGCCGAGGUCUCUGCAGGGCUGUGGCUGCCUCUCCCUUCCCAGCUUGGAGACGAGCUCACACAGAAGCCGGGGGAGGUCUGAAGCCUGAGUAUGAUGCGGUGGUGAUAGGAGCAGGACACAACGGACUAGUGGCUGCAGCGUACCUGCAGAGACUGGGAGUGAACACCGCGGUCUUCGAGAGGCGCCAUGUGAUCGGGGGUGCAGCUGUCACUGAGGAGAUCGUCCCAGGGUUUAAGUUCUCCCGCGCGUCCUACCUGCUCAGCCUGCUGAGGCCGCAGAUUUACACUGAUCUGGAGCUGAAGGCACUGAGAGAAGCCCUUGGGUGUACAGCAGUGAACUGGAAAGGCAAGGACCCUGCUCUGAGGGAGAGAACUUCAGGUAGAGGUAAGUGCCAAGAAGAAAAGAAAAGAAGCAUUAGAGAGAGAGUGGAGAUUCCAGCCUAGAUGGCGACCAGGAAGGACAUGUUCCUCAAGGAGGUGACAUUUGAGCAGGUUUUCAAAUACCAAGAGGUCACCAGCAGCAGCCGUGUGGACAUCUAAGCAGACGGUCUCCAGUCAGAGGGAAGAGGAGAUGGACCCACCCAGGCAGGCGUGAGCAGAGGGCAGGUGCAGCGAGAAGCUGGUGAGGUGUGCGAUCAGGAAGUUCACUGCUAGGAUUUGUGACUUUACCAAGGUCAGCCCGCCUGCUGGCUGGUGAGGACUCGGCGGAAACAGGAGGGGUCGCAUGUGGAUCACGAGGCCGCGCUGCAGCGGUUCCCGAAAUGGUGUCUUAGAGAGAAGCGCACAGGUUCUGGAGGCAGCGUACGGGAUGUCAAGAAUGAAAAGGAGAGAAACUAAGGAUGCUUCCUGGGGUUAGGAAGGACCCCAGCCGUCUCCUGGCCCCGGCCCCCGCCAGUGUCAGGAACCUCCUCCAGGCACAGAGUGUCCAGAGCUGCGGCGAGCCUGCCCGCCUGGAGCGUCUCCAGUGUGGAGCAACUCCAGCGAAACAUGGGCUGAGGCUUCAUCUUCGAAACCCCUACUCCUUCACCCCCAUGCUGGAAGACGGUGCGGGCAGCAAGGUGCCCAGGUCCCUUCUGCUGGGCACAGACAUGGCAGAAAACCAGAAGCAGAUUGCCCAGUUCUCCCGGAAGGAUGCCCAGGUCUUUCCCAGAUACGAGGAGUUCAUGCAUCGCUUGGCAUUAGCCAUUGACCCUCUGCUGGAUGCGGCCCCCGUGGACAUGGCGGCCUUCCAGCAUGGCUCUCUGCUGCAAAGGAUCAAGUCGCUGUCCACCCUCAAGCCCCUGCUGAAGGCAGGCCGCAUCCUGGGAGCCCAGCUUCCCCAAUAUUAUGAGGUCCUCACAGCUCCCAUUACCAAGGUGCUGGAUCAGUGGUUUGAGUCUGAGCCUCUAAAAGCCACUCUGGCCACAGAUGCUGUGAUUGGAGCCAUGACAAGUCCCCGCACUCCGGGGAGUGGGUAUGUGCUGCUGCAUCAUGUGAUGGGGGGCCUGGAGGGGAUGCAGGGGGCCUGGGGCUAUGUCCAGGGGGGCAUGGGUGCCCUCUCUGAUGCCAUCGCAAGCUCAGCCACCACCCAUGGAGCAAGCAUCUUCACUGAAAAGACAGUGGCGAAGGUGCAGGUGAACAGUGAAGGCUGUGUUCAAGGAGUUGUGCUGGAAGAUGGCACAGAAGUGAGAAGCAAGGUGGUGCUGUCCAACACAUCACCGCAGAUCACCUUCCUGAAGCUGACGCCACAGGAUGAAGAGGAUUUCCAGAGGGAGCGACUGAGGGCUCUUCCUGAGCAAAGAAAGAAGGCAGCUUCCUUGGGGCCUUGGACGUCUGGGGGCUUUCAUGGAGGCUUCUCCUUCCAGGAGUGGCUUCCUGAGGAGUUCCUGGAGAAAAUCUCUCAGCUGGACACCCGGUCGCCUGUCACCAAGAUCAAUGUGGCUGUAGACAGGCUGCCCAGCUUCCUGGCGGCCCCCAAUGCUCCCAGGGGCCACCCACUGCCCCAUCACCAGUGCUCCAUCCACCUGAACUGUGAAGACACCCUCCUCCUUCAUCAGGCCUUUGAAGACGCCAUGGAUGGCCUGCCUUCCCACAGUACACGCCCUACACACUGGCUGGAGGCAAGGCCUGGGACGAGCAGGAGAGAGACGCUUACGCAGACAGAGUGUUUGAUUGCAUCGAGGUCUAUGCCCCUGGCUUCAAAGACUCUGUGGUUGGCAGAGACAUCCUCACACCACCAGAUUUGGAGAGAAUCUUCGGGCUUCCUGGAGGGAACAUAUUCCACUGUGCCAUGUCCCUGGACCAGCUCUACUUUGCCCGCCCUGUGCCCCUGCAUUCUGGCUACCGCUGCCCUCUCCAGGGCCUGUAUCUCUGUGGAAGUGGGGCUCAUCCUGGUGAGUGACCUGGAGUCCCACUACCCUGUGGGGACUGGGAGGGCUCACUGGAGGCCAGAGACUUGGAGAAGGAGGAAGAAGAUAAACAAUGAAGGCGGCAGAGAGGGAGGGGAGCAGGGAACUCCCACCAUAAGAAGCUGUCUUGUGUUCAGAAUUCUCCAUGCACAGGUGAGCACCCAGCCGCUGCCUCCACCAGGCUGACCACAGCCCACAGUUGAGCUCACACCUCCCCUUCAGGAGGCCUGGGGAUGCGUCCUGGUGGAGGCAUCUCACCACAUUCCAAUGCGGGCUUGUGAGAGACCCAUGUCCCUAAAUUCCCCAUCCAUAUAUAUAUUUAGACGGGGUUUCACUCUAUUGCCCAGGCUGGAGUGCAGUGGUAUGAUCACAGCUCACU